GCCCGCCGCUAGGACCCCCCGGAGCCGGCCACGCGGUCUGGGGGCUCUGGUCCUCACGGCCGGGGGGUCUGGGGCCUCCAGGCGGGGUCCCAUGGAGGGCGUCGGUCAGGACAGCUGCGAAGGAGGAGAUGCGGCGCGGGGAGCCCAGGGGUGGGCUGCACCUGAGGCAAGGGUGCACUUCCGUGUGACGAGGUUCAUCAUGGAGGCAGGUGUCAAGCUAGGGAUGCAGUCCAUUCCUAUUGCCACCGCCUGUGCCAUUUACCAUAAGUUCUUCUGCGAGAUCAACGUGGAUGCCUAUGACCCCUACUUAAUCGCCAUGUCUUCCCUUUACUUGGCUGGCAAAGUGGAAGAGCAGCACCUGCGCACUCGUGACAUCAUCAAUGUGUCCAACAGGUACUUCCACCCAGGCAGCGAGCCCUUGGAGCUGGACUCCCGAUUCUGGGUGCUCCGGGACAGCAUCGUGCAGUGCGAGCUCCUUGUGCUGAGGGUGCUGCGUUUCCAAGUCUCCUUUCAACACCCACACAAGUACCUGCUCCACUACCUGAUUUCCCUCAAGAACUGGCUGAAUCGUUACAGCUGGCAGCGGACCCCCAUCUCUGUCACUGCCUGGGCCCUGCUGCGGGACAGCUACCACGGGGGACUGUGCCUUCGGUUCCGGGCUCAGCACAUAGCUGUGGCAGUGCUCCACCUGGCCCUGCAGGUAUAUGGGGUUGAGGUGCCUGCCGAAGCGGAGGCCGAGAAGCCAUGGUGGCAGGUGUUUAGUGACGACCUUACCAAGCCAACCAUUGAUAACAUUGUGUCUGAUCUCAUUCAGAUUUAUACCAUGGACACAGAGAUCCCCUAAGGUCCUGGUCCAGGCCUGCCCAAAGAGAAGCCUGGGAUGCUCGGCUGCCAGGGGAUGGCGCCACCACAUCGCCGUGACGGCCAGUCCCCAGAGGACUGGCUGGGAGAACUGGUUUUGUGCUGCUGGAGAUGGGCUGGUGAAGGUGAUGACACGCUGCCAGUUUGAUUCUAGUGCUUUGACUGUCCCCAGCAGCCACGGUCCCAACAGUGACGGGAGCAGGAGCGCGCUAUGUGGGGCGGCUCUAAGGCGUCUGUGUCUGCUUUUGUCCUUUGAGAGGAUGCAGACUGCGGUUGAGAUUUGGAGUUAUUGGAAGGAAAAUCAAAGAGCGGAUGGCACUGUACUCUUGGGGAUUUUUUUUAAAGGCCAGAUUUAUAGAAAGUAUGAACGUGUAA